AUGGCAAAAAUUUCUGUUAAGAUCAAUGAAGAGACCCCAAUACUCUUAAGUCUUCCCUUAAACGCGAAACUUUCGGACAUACGUAUAAUGCUUAGUAAAGAACCUGAAAUCCGAAUGAACAACAAAAUGUCUUUUUUAAGUCAAUCAAAUAAGAUUACUAAAGACGAAGAGGCCGAAUUGCUUUUAUCUGAAAUUCUUAUAAAUAACAGUCUGAAAGUUAUUGGUGAAAUAGAGCCUGAAGAGAUGGCGAUUGCAAAAAUGUGUGCACACGAAUAUGGGCUUCAUUUUACAAAGAAAGGACCGUUUAUUGCGAAAAAAAGGAUGUUUAAUAUCAUGCAGUUUAUACUGGAAAUCUUGCCACAUCCCAUCACAAUUGAAGAAAUAUUGGAAUGUAAAACCAAAGAAGAGAAUAUAUGCGCAAAAAAUUAUAUAGCUACUUCAAACAUCACAGACAAAUUUUCAUUCCCAUCUAUUUCUGAACGUUUACAGUUGCAUUCAACAGAUGAAAUUUAUAACGAAGACAAUAUUUAUUCCAAAUUUAAACGAAUAAAAGCAAUAUUAACAAUAAAAGAAUCAGAUAUGAAACUUACCAAGGAUCUUGAAAACGCAAUUGAUGAGGCCCUUGCAUCACAUAAUCAACGUGAAUCUCUUAGAAAGGUUACGGAAGAUUUUGGACAAUUUUAUUGCAAAAAAUUUGAACUUGGUGGUGUUAUUUUAUCGACUGAAAAAAACGAAACGAGCGGCAAUAAUUCGAAUGAAUUAAACAAAACCUCAUCAAAUCCGAAAGCAAGUGUUUUCAUUGGAAAAAUAGAAAAGAACACAGAAAUAAAUUAUUCUGAAGAGGGAUAUUCAUUUUUUAACAUUCAAGGUGGAUUGGAAGAAACAUAUAAUGAAGAAGGAAUAGCGGGGUGGAUCAAUUCAUUAAAUGAUUAUAGAAAUUGGAAAGUGGCUGAAUAUUCGGAAAUUCAUUCGAUAUUUGAUAUCUUAGAUGAAGAAAGAAAGUUGACAGUUACAAAAACACUUGGAAAAUAUAAUAUUCAUUCACUUGUUUCUGAGCUUAAUCCUAUUUUGGAUUUAUCUGAGAGGAAGCCUUUCGUUUAUGAAUAUCCUAAACACAUCAAUAUUUCAGAUACUGAUCAAGUGUUCUUGACUGUAAUGACAGACGACAAACCAAGAAAAGACUUUGUCGCUCGACUUCAUUAUAUAGAUGAAAAUAGUCAGCCAAUUAUUCUUGUACAACAAUUGGGAAAGCUAAAAAACAAAGCAAAAUUAAAACGUUUUUCUUUCAAGUUAGGAUGCACUGUCGUAAGCAAGUCACUUUCAAGUCUAUUCGAGCAAGACUCUGAAAAACUAACUUUAGAAAGUUCAGAGACUCAAUUAAUCACAACAAAAAACCGAUGUUCAGCUGUUAUUAAGAAUAAAGCUCGAGAUCCAAAUACAGGUCUUAUAGCCACAUGUGUAACUAGAUCUAAAAAUAUACAAAGUGAUCCAAGAGAUUCCGAGUUUAUAAUGGGCUCCUAUUUUAAUAUUAAAAACAGCGCUAUUGAGGCUUGCAUGUUUUGUUAUGAUAAACAAAUGAACUUAUACAACCAAUUCGAUAGUUUGCCGUAUAAACUUUCUCUGAAUAACUGUAUUAUAUCCGAACAACAAAAUUUACUUUUUGGACAAGCACAAAUAAUCGAAAAAAAUUUCACCCGAUUUUUAUUUUCUUCAAAAAAAUCUAAAAUCACUUUUGACGAUUACCCGCGAAUCAUAUCUACAUCAUAUACAAAUGACGAGUCGGCUCGGGGUUUUCAAAAACCCAUUUUUUUGAAUUUGAUUACGACGAAUUGCGAGGAGGAAGGUGUCCACGGAUUUUUUAAUAUUACGCGAAAAUAUGCAAUGUUUAGAUCACUUAAUAAUCCGAUUACAAAAAAUCAACAAGUCGCAUAUUUUUGUGCACCACUACCAUCUGAGUUCGAAUAG